UCGUUCGGUCCCCCCGUGAAUCGAUUGCCUACCGUUCUAGGUGUUUUCCAGACGUAUCCAUCGUCUCUCAUUGCUGUGACUUUGUUGAGAAUGCGAAUUGCAACUUAUAAAUAAAGCAAUGCCUCUGCGUCUAUUAUUUAGGUGAACAACACGCCGUCCAAUAACUCUAAUUUAGUUCGUCCGGUAUAUCACCGUCCAAAUAACUGCGAUGAUUUCUUCUAAAUUUGGCCUAGUUGUCACAUUUUUCUUAGUGCAAAUAAGGUGGUCACGGUGUGGACUUCCGCCACCACCAUCAAAUGAAAUCGCACAGAAUUUUCUUUGGAAUGCAGACGCUGUAGAAUGGAGAAUUGGUGAAUGGGAACCAUGUAAAAAGUCUGAAGAUACAGGGCUAGAUGAAAACCAAGGUAUAAGAAGGAGAAAAGUUUCAUGUGUCAUGGUGAUUCGUGAUGGAAUAAAACUUGAAGAACCUAUAGAAAUAGAAGAUUCCAGUUGUCAAAAUUUAUCCCCCGGAACACCACCUGUGGAAGUGUGCUCAUUAGAACCUAAUCAAGAUUGCAUAGUUACUGAAUAUUCGAGUUGGAGUUCUUGCUGUGGUGGAUCACAACGUAGAUCAAGAAGUAUAGUAAUCGAGCAAAAAAAUAACGGAGCUAAAUGUCCACCAUUAAUAGAAACACAAUCUUGCAAACCUAAUGAUCAAUCUUGCGCUAAUAAUGUUUCAAAAGGCUACCAAUUAAAAGUAAAUCAGUGGCAGCAAUGUGUGCAUGUCUCUGAAAAUGUUUUGGGUGAUACUGAUGGAAUAAUGACUUCUGGCUCGCAUGCAGACACAUUUUAUAAACAUUGGCCUCAAGUAGGCACUCAAAAACGUUCAAUGAGUUGUUUUGAUGAAUCAGGAGUACUUGUUUCGCUAAAUUUUUGCGAGGACAAACCAUUACCAACUAAUACCAGAGCAUGCAUAAUUGCUCAAGAUUGCGUGGUUAGUGAUUGGACUGAUUGGGAAAUUACUCAAGGCGGGUGUAUAAGCGCUAAUGGAAAAGUUAGAGAAGAAAAAGCAAUUAGAAAACGACAAAUUCUCCGUCUUCACGAAGGUCAAGGAUCUCCAUGUCCUCAUUUAGUCGAAACAAGAACCACAAAAGAAAAUCUAUCACUAUGUUCUGAAAAAUAUAAAUGGUUGAUUUCGAGUUGGAGUAAAUGUUCACAACCAAUAUCCAAUGAAACUGUUCAAUGCGGUGGCGGUCUUCAGUAUCGAAACAUAACUUGUAUUGAAAUAUUGACAAACAAAUUGAUGGAUUCUUCUAUAUGUAGAAUUUUGGACACUCCUCCGACCAUUCAAAGGUGUGAAAUACCAUGUCCAAGAGAUUGCCAAGUAGGUUCAUGGAGUGAAUGGAGUCCAUGUAUGCCAUCUAAAUGCCCACCCGAAACAAAUUACGAACUACAAAAUGGACAAGAAGAAAAUGGACAUAGAAAACGAACUAGACCUGUAUUGAUUCCACCUAGUGAAUUUGGUGUGCCUUGUCCUAGUUUAAGUGAAGUUCAACCUUGUCAAAAUCCACAAUGUUUUGUAUGGGACUUCGACCAAUGGGGAAGCUGCAUGCUUGAUGAUCCUAGUGAAAAAUGUGGCACUGGUCGUAGAAAUCGACAAGUUUACUGUACUACACAUGACAAAGAGGUUGUACACAUUUCAUUAUGUUCUAAAAUAAAACCAAUUGAAUCUGAACCAUGUUCAGUACCUUGUCCAGAGGAUUGCGUUGUUUCUGGCUGGUCAGAAUGGAGUGAUUGUUCAAUGGGUUGUUCUCUUAAUUUUGAUAUAGGUGUGAAAUAUAGAAACCGUACAGUUAUUGGACCACCGGGAUUUACCGGACAUCAUUGUCCACCAAAAGAAGAUAUGGUACAAUUUGAAAAUUGCAAUACUCAUGGUUGUUAUGGGUAUAGUUGGCUAGUUUUACCAUGGACAGAUUGUAAUGGAACAUGUAGUAAUGGAGUACAAACAAGAGAUGUAUGGUGUAUGAGAGGAAAUGACCAACAUGUCGAUGAUGAAAAUUGUCGUGAACUUCAAAAACCAAUAACCAUAAGAGAUUGCUUUAAAGACUGCGAAAAUAAAAUUUGUAUUUUGUCGGACUGGAGUGAAUGGUCUGAAUGUCCAGAAGAUACCUGCUUAAAUGAACAAACUGAUUUAACAAAGUUUAAAAGACAGCGUAGUCGUGUGAUUCUUGGUGGGGAAUCUUGUGGACCCAUAUUUGAAGAAGAACCAUGUCCAAUGCCAAAUAAAAUUUGUCCAAAAUAUUAUUGGGUCUUAGGAAUGUGGUCUCAUUGUCAAUUAGCAGAAGAUGUUACAUGUGGACAUGGCUUAAGAACAAGAGAUUUUUGGUGCACUAAAGACGAAUCACCUAUUCAUGUAGAACUAAAACAUUGUCUCCAAUAUCAAAACAUAACUCCUAUUAGUGUAGAACGUUGUCAUGUUGAUUGUCAAACACCAUGCCAAAUGACUGAAUGGUCUCAUUGGUCAUCAUGUCCACAACCGUGUUCUGGUAUAAGAACAAGAACUCGUGAUCUUAUUGGAGAUUCUAUGUCACAUCCAGCAUGCAAAGAAAUAAAUCAAGUCGAAACCACUCAAUGUCCAUGUUCUGAAUAUUUCUCAAAACCAUCUUCAGAAUGGUCUCUUUGUUUAACUAAUGAAAUUAAUGGUUGUGGUACUGGAACACGUUACAGAUCUUUAGGAUGUUAUAAUACGGAUAAUAACCUGGUUGAUCCAGCAUUGUGUGGUGGAAGCAUGGGCAUAGAAGAAGAACCGUGUUUAGUACAGUGUUCAAUAGAUUGUCAGCUAUCUGAUUGGAGCGAGUGGGGUACAUGUAAUAAACUUUGUGGACCUGGUAUACAUCAUCGAUACAGAAAAAUUGAACGAAAUGCUACAAGUGGUGGUAGAUCAUGCGGGGAAACUGUACAAACAAAAAUUUGCAAUACACCAUGUGAAAGUUAUCAAUGGAACACAGAACCAUGGAGUCAGUGUAAAUUGCCUGAAAAAGAUAAAGAAAAAGGUUGUGGUGAAGGGGAAAUGUUUAGAUUAGUUCGAUGCAUUCACGUGAAUACUGGGAUAGAAAUGUCAGAAGAAUAUUGCGAUUGGACUAUACGACCAGAAGGAGUUAAUUUAUGUACAAUUGCUUGUCCAGGUGACUGCGUUCUCAGCGCUUGGUCUGACUGGUCUCUUUGUCCUAAAGACUGCCAGCCAACUCAUGAACAACAACGAACUAGACAACUACUUCGAAGUCAAAGUGCUACUGGAGCAAAUUGUCCAAUUGCAAUACAAACCCAACCAUGCCGCUUGAACUAUACUUGCUUUAAAUAUUCUUGGAAAACAAUUACAAAUGUAUCUUGUUUGCCAUUAGGAGGAAGCCCUUGUGGCGAAGGUAUGACGGUUGGUGCAGUUUACUGUGAAAGAAGCGAUGGAAGAACCGUAACUGACCGAUUUUGUGGAGAUCAACCAAAACCUAGUUCAUUAGAAAAAUGGUGUUAUAUAGAUUGUCCAGUUGAUUGUGCACUUGAAGCAUGGUCGCCGUGGAAUGCUACUUGUUCGUGCAAUGAUACAGGAGUUUCUCGCAGAGCUUACACUGCUAUGAACCCUAGCCCCACAGGAAAACAAUGCCCAAUGACUGUUGAACAAUGGAAACCAUGUCCAGCUGUACCAUGUUAUCAUUGGUCUUUAGGACCAUGGUCUGCAUGUCAACUUCACGGAGCUGCUUGUGGACACGGUUUAACUACUAGGAACGUUUCUUGCACUCGAAGUAGUGAUGGCGAGUCUGUGGAACUUUCAUUUUGUACAAACUUAUCGCAACAAAAGCCAUUAUCGUGGCAAAAUUGCUAUGUAUCAUGCGGUCCAGGUUGCACAUUAUCAGAAUGGAGUCAAUGGUCACAUUGUCAUGGUGACUGUCAAAAGGAGAGCGUAGGAUAUGAAACUCGAUCACGAACAGUAAUAUCACAGUCACCAGCUGGUACAACAGCAUGUACAGAUCCCUUAUGGGAAACCCGUGACUGUCGUAUACCACCAUGCGUUACUUAUGAAUGGGCAUUGACGGCAAAUGCUGAUGUGAUAUGUCGUAGAUCCGAUGGACUAGUUGUAGCAGAAUCUUACUGUGAUGAAUCGGAUAAACCAAAAUCAAUGUGUAGUACGCUACAAGGUAGUUACAUAUGUACAAAAGAAAUAUGUAUGCCAGACGAUAAGCUACAAUGUGACAAAUUGGCCGACUGGAUACAGUUUAAGGAUGAUCCACGUAUAGUGGAGUACUUGUUAUAUUUUGGAUUUGGAAUUGUUAUACUUGGAGCAAUAACUGUUUUCUUCAUUUAUAUCAUAUGCCAGAGAAAUAAGAAUCAAUGCAAAUACCAUAAACAACCGGAUUUAGCGUAAAUAAUAAUAUUGUGUGACCUUAUACUAAUUAUAUUAUAAAAUAAAGUAAUAUACAAUAUUACCACAUUUUUUCAAUAAUACCAUUAAUUUGAAGAAAUUUUUUGUUAUUAGAUAAGUAUUGUAAGUCCAAACAAGUGAAAUUCAUUGAUUUUUGGAUAAUAUAUAUAAAUAAUAAAUUUUAAAUUAUAGUAUCAUUCAAGUCAUUGUAUUUGAAUUAUAUCAUAUUAAUAUAGAACAUAAAUAAUUUCAAUUUUGUAACUACCCUGAAAAUUGUCAAUAAAAAAAUUAUAUUAGUUCUUUAUUUAAGUAUAAUGUACAUUUAUAAAUAAUUUUGAAGCCAAAAAUCGAAUCAAAAUCUAAUUCCACAAAUUAAUUUUUUUUAUAGAUACCUAUGAUUAUAAAACAUAUUAACUUAUCAAUCUAUGUUUUAAAUUUGUAUUGUUUUUAUUGUUUUGUUAAGAUAUUAUGUUUGUUAUGUUAGCAAGUAUGUAAUUUGUUUUUAUUUUUUUUGUUCUAUACUUCAAACUUUAUCUAAAUAUAUAAACUUUACAUUUUCAA